GGUUGGGCUGCGGCGGCGGCGGCAGCGGAGGAGCUGGGUGUGAGAGGUCCCGGACGCGUCUGCGGCUACCGCUGCGCCACCUUCCGCCUCUCCCACCCCAGUCUCCGUGCUGGGCGCUGAGGAAGGGAGCGGUGCUAGCCUCAGGAGCCCUGAGCACAGCCCUGGGUGUUUCGACACCGCCCUCCCUCGCCUCCCAGCCGCGGGCCUCGCUCGGUGUUAGGCGACUCUGCGGGGAGGCGGCGGCUGCUGCUGCUCGUCUGUGGCGAGUCCCGCCGUCCUCCAGCCUCGCUGCUCCGCCGGGGCCCUGCAGGGGCCGAGAGAGCUCGGCACUCGCCUUUCCGCUCGCCCUUAUCGGCAGCCGGUUGGAGCAGCGUCGGUCCGGGCGGUCUCUGGGCUGAGGCGGCAGCAGCUCCUCCGGCUCCAUCAUGUCCGCGGGCGGAGACUUCGGGAAUCCGCUGAGGAAAUUCAAGCUGGUGUUCCUGGGGGAGCAGAGCGUUGGAAAGACAUCCUUGAUCACCAGAUUCAUGUAUGACAGUUUUGACAACACCUAUCAGGCAACAAUUGGCAUUGACUUUUUAUCAAAAACAAUGUACUUGGAGGAUCGAACAAUCAGGCUGCAGCUGUGGGAUACUGCGGGUCAGGAACGUUUCCGUAGCCUCAUUCCCAGUUACAUCCGUGAUUCUGCUGCAGCCGUAGUAGUUUACGAUAUUACAAAUGUUAACUCAUUCCAGCAAACUACAAAAUGGAUUGAUGAUGUCAGAACAGAAAGAGGAAGUGAUGUUAUCAUCAUGUUAGUAGGAAAUAAAACAGAUCUUGCUGACAAGAGGCAAGUGUCAAUUGAGGAGGGGGAGAGGAAAGCCAAAGAGCUGAAUGUCAUGUUUAUUGAAACCAGUGCAAAAGCAGGAUACAAUGUAAAGCAGCUCUUCCGACGUGUAGCAGCAGCUUUGCCUGGAAUGGAAAGCACACAGGACAGAAGCAGAGAAGACAUGAUUGACAUAAAACUGGAAAAGCCUCAGGAGCAACCAGUCAGUGAAGGAGGCUGUUCCUGCUAAUCCCCCAUGACAUCUUCAGCCCUCAGAAGCUCACUGCUUUGGCCCUGUUACUCUUUCAUUGACUGCAGUGUGAAUAUUGGCUUGAACCUUUUCCCAUCAGUAAUAACGUAUUGCAAUUCAUCAUUGCUGCCUGUCUCGUGGAGAUGAUCUAUUAGCUUCACAAGCACAAAAAAAGUCAGUGUCUUCAUUAUUUAUAUUUUACAGAAAGCCAAAAGAUUCAGCAUAUUCCAUUGAUAACUUUAAAAAUUAGAUACAUUUUCUUAACAUUUUUUCCUUUUUUAAUGUUAUGAUAAUGUACUUCAAAAUGAUGGAAAUCUCAACAGCAAUGUGAAUGAGGCUUGGUUAAGGAGCAGUAUGCUCACCACAGCACUUGGCCAACCUACUUGAUCUCUCCAUGCUUUCCUUACCUUCACCUAACCCUCACUCCUGAGUCUUACUCCUCCCCUCCCUCAGAACAGACAGGAGGUAGCAAAGCAGCAGCCUGAUCAGGCUCAUUGGAAUUAUAGACACCAUUUGCUUUAGGCAAAGGGCCAAGACGUCCAAAAUUACUCUUGAGCACUGAUACGAAUUACUUGGACUUUCUUUGAAGUCAACUCAGCUGUCAUAGUAGGCAGUGCUUGAAUAUGAGAAGGUUCUGGUGUGUCUUCAAAAUGAGUCCUAAUGAACACACUGAGUACUUACAAGUAGCAAAAAAUAUAUUUCCCACCAAAAUCAAAUAACCCUUUCACAUGUGUUUUCUUAGACUUUGGGUGAGAAAAGUAACAAAGUGCUUCAGAACAGAUUUUUAAUAUUUAAUUCUAAACAGUAAAUCAUAAAAUUUAAUGAAUCUAUUUCUCUCAAGAUUUUAAAAUUCUCAAGGUAGUAUUACUCUGGUAAAAAAAAGACAACAUGUUUGAGCAAUAGACUUUGCAUGGGUUUCUUUCUUUCUUAAAAAUGCUAUGCAGGCAAGGUGCUGUAAAAGUCAAAUUCCUUUUAGAAGAACUAGUGGAAGAAUUUAAAAUUGGCACAGUGACCAAAACUACUAUAACAAGUAGAAAUAACGGUAUCAACAAAAGAACCCUCACCAAAUAGCAAAUAUUUUGCUCAGGACAUUUGAGGUCAAGUUAAAGAUGAAAACAGGAUUCAAGAGGGAAAGGAGAGAAUGCAAAUAAAACUUAAUAUUAUGCAGAUUUAUUCCUUAUUUUUUAGCAUUUUUUUAAAUGUUGGGUCUUUCAGGCUGGUUUUGCUUUUUAUUAGAUCUGUAUAGUUUGAUUAAUUAACUAGUGAUUUAGUUUUAUAUUUAAGCUAUAAUUAAUCCUUUUUCUUUGGUGAUAUUUAUUUCUUUGCCUUUUUUUUUAAACCUUCAAUUUUAGAUGUUUUGUUUGAUCUAUUUGGAGCUUCAUCACCAUGGCAAUAUGUAUUUCCCUUAAAACACUGCAAACAAAUAUAUUAGGAGUGCACCCUUUUAAUCUUUACUAGUUAUUGUGAGAUUGCUGUGUAAGUUAAUAAACAUAUUUGUAAAUACAUUGUUUGCAGGAAGAAAAUUUCUGAGUGAUAACUCAGAAAAAGCCUGCUGAAUUUAUGUUGUAAGCAUUACUUAACACAGUAUAAAGAUGAAAAGACAACAAGAAUAUCUUCUUAAUUCCUUCUCUCCUCAUUGCAACAAAACCCUUAACAAGGAAACCUUAUUUCCCUGUUUUUCCUCUUUCUCCUCCACUCCUCACUUCUUGUCACCUUGUAAUAUUCAAAGAGCACUUGGAUUAUGGAUCUGAACAGAGAAAUGCUUUCAGAUAAUCAUUAGCCCACCUACCCGUAACUUAUACUCAAAGAUGGGAUGGAGUUGUAAAGUGCUUUUAUAAUACAAUAUUAUUGUUAAAGGCAAGGAUUGACUCUUCUGUUUUAUUUUGACAUGGCAUGUCCUGAAAUAAAUAUCAAUUCAAUAUGG